CCUGGCGAAGCGCCCCCGAACAGAGAAGUCGCCUGCGGAGAGAGCGUCGGGGACCGGCCGGAGGGGGAGGCCGGCAGCUGCGAACCAGGUUGGUAUUGCAGUUGCUUUCUUUAUGUCACCAGAAUCCAGUGUUCCUGGCAGGCUCCUGGUUAAUUAAUCCUGUGGGAUGGCUGCCAUCAACCCGUGGGCCUCCUGGGGUGUCCUUACGGACCAGUCCUGGGGGAUGGCAGCUGUUGACCCAUGGGCCUCCUGGGGUGAGUCAAGAACCUGUGUCCCCAUUGGCCAUGUUGGCUGCCAUUCUGUGGCCUCUCCCAGCAGUGACCUGCCAUGGCCAGGGAUCAGACAUGGGAAGCCAGCUCUGUAUCCUCAGGACCCUGGCUGGCGUAUGGAGGAGACCCCCGAGGAGGUGGGGAGAGCCGCUGGGCUCCUAACAGCCCAGGUCCAGGUCAGAAAGCCAGCUUCCAGCUGGAGAGGAGGACCACAGUGCACAGACAGGCCAAGAGGGGACCUAGAAGUGAGCUGGGGCUGCCACAGACCCUCUCCCCUGAUGCACAAGCUCACUCCACUGCACCACCACAGGGAGGAACCUGUGACCUUCCGGGACGUGGCUGUGGACUUCACCCAGGAGGAGUGGGGCCAGCUGGGCCCCGCUCAGAGGACCCUGUACCGCGAUGUGAUGCUGGAGACCUAUGGGCACCUGCUGUCUUUGGGGAAGCAGAUUGCCAAGCCUGAGGUUAUCUCCCUGUUGGAGCAAGGAGAAGAACCAUGGUUGGUGGAGCACACAUAUCCUCAGAGCACCUGUCCAGAAAUGAUGAGAAAUCUUGAAAGCAAAGCAUUGAUCCCAACGCAGAACAUUUUUGAGGAAGAACAAUCCCAUAGCAUGAAGUUAGAACAAUACGUAUGGGGUGAUCCUUGGUUCUCCAGGUUAGAAAUUUUGGGAUGUAAAGACCAAUUAGAAAUGUACCACAUGAACCAAAGUACAGCUAUGAGGCAGAUGGUCUUCAUGCAAAAGCAAGUACUGUCUCAAAGAGGCUCUGAGUUCUGUGAAUUUGGGGCAGAGUGUAGCCAGAGCUUAAACUUUGUUGCACCUCAGAGAGUUUCUCAAAUAGAACAUUUCUAUAAGCCUGAUACAAAUGCUGAAAGUUGGAGAUGUAAUUCAGCCAUAAUGUAUGCAGAUAAGAUUACCUGUGAAAGUAAUGAUUAUGACAAAGCUUUCUGCCAGUCUGUGCAACCUAUUCACCCUGUAAGGAUGCAAACUGGAGAUAAUCUUUUCAAAUGUACUGAUGCUGUUAAAUCUUUCAAUCAUAUACUACAUUUUGGUGAUCAUAAUGGAAUGCAUACAGGAGGAAAACUCUAUGAAUAUAAGGAAUACCAUCAAAUCUUUAACCAGAGCCCAUCCUUUAAUGAACAUUCAAAACCUCAUAUUGGGGAAAAACAGUGUGGUUACAAAGAAUAUGAGAAUAUCUUUUACUUCUCAUCCUUUAUGGAGCAUCAAAAAAUUGGUACUGUAGAGAAAGCAUAUAAAUACAAUGAAUGGGAGAAAGUCUUUGGGUAUGACUCAUUCCUCACUCAACAUACAAGCACUUACACUGCAGAGAAACCCUAUGAAUACAAUGAAUGUGGGACAUCAUUCAUCUGGAGCUCUUAUCUUAUCCAGCAUAAGAAAACUCAUACCGGAGAGAAGCCCUAUGAAUGUGAUAAAUGUGGAAAAGUUUUUAGGAAUCGUUCAGCCCUUACUAAACAUGAACGGACUCACACUGGAAUAAAACCCUACGAAUGUAAUAAAUGUGGAAAAGCCUUCAGCUGGAAUUCUCAUCUUAUUGUGCAUACGAGAAUUCAUACAGGAGAGAAACCUUACGUAUGCAAUGAAUGUGGGAAGUCUUUCAACUGGAAUUCCCAUCUUAUUGGACAUCAGAGAACUCAUACUGGAGAGAAACCUUUUGAAUGUACUGAAUGUGGGAAAUCUUUCAGCUGGAGCUCCCAUCUUAUUGCCCACAUGAGAAUGCAUACUGGAGAGAAACCCUUUAAAUGUGAUGAAUGUGAAAAAGCUUUUAGGGAUUACUCAGCCCUUAGUAAACAUGAAAGGACUCACUCUGGAGCAAAACCGUAUAAAUGUACUGAAUGUGGAAAAUCCUUCAGCUGGAGCUCCCACCUUAUUGCCCACCAGAGGACUCACACGGGGGAAAAACCGUAUAACUGUCAGGAAUGUGGCAAAGCAUUCAGAGAACGCUCAGCUCUCACUAAACAUGAAAUUAUUCAUUCUGGAAUUAAGCCUUAUGAAUGUAAUAAAUGUGGAAAAUCCUGCAGCCAGAUGGCUCAUCUUGUUAGACAUCAAAGGACUCACACUGGAGAAAAGCCCUAUGAAUGCAAUAAAUGUGGGAAAUCCUUCAGCCAGAGCUGUCACCUGGUUGCUCAUCGAAGAAUUCACACUGGUGAGAAGCCCUAUAAAUGUAAUCAAUGUGAAAGAUCCUUUAACUGUAGCUCUCACCUUAUUGCGCACCGGAGAACUCACACUGGAGAAAAACCAUAUAGAUGCAAUGAAUGUGGGAAAGCAUUUAAUGAGAGUUCGUCCCUUAUUGUACAUCUGAGAAACCAUACUGGAGAAAAACCCUACAAAUGCAAUCAUUGUGAGAAGGCUUUCUGUAAGAAUUCUUCUCUUAUUAUUCAUCAGAGAAUGCACAGUGGAGAGAAACGCUUUAUAUGCAAUGACUGUGGAAAAGCUUAUAGUGGUCACUCAGCUCUGCUUCAACACCAGAGGAGUCAUAGUGAAGAGAAACUCUAUGACUUGAAUUGAAUUGAAUUGAAUUGAUGAGAGAUUGUCUUUUGUACAUUUGAUAACACAUUGAAAAAACCCCUACAAGUAUAAUCAAGAGGGAAUUUUUUAGUAAGAGUUCAGUAAGACUUCUCCCUUUAUUACUAAGUAGAAAAUAUCUUCUUAGAAGAAACCUAUGAAUGAAAAGAAUAGAAGAAAGCUUAGCAGUUCUGUAGCUCUUAUUUAACUUCAGAUAAUUACAGUGAAGAAAACUCCAAACUCCUCUCAUGGUCCAUCAGUAAUCCUACUUGAGGAACUUGAAUGUAGGGAAUGAGACAUAUUUUAGUAAGAGGUCUCAACUAUUUGUGGAUCAGAGUGCAUUGUUAAGGAGAAAACCUUAUGUUAGGAAAAGUGUUUCAGGUGGAAACACAGUGUUUUGCAUCAAGCUGGAGUAUUAGAUGGGAAGAUUUACAAUAACAUUUUGUGCAUAAUCAUGAAAAUACAGAUUCUAUUAUUAUAAUGUGAGGGUCUAGGUGCCCUUUAAGAAAUAGAAUAUGGAAUAGUAAAUCUGAAUUUAAGAAAAAAAUAGUAUUGAAUGGGAUAUUUACUGUUGAUAAAGAUUAACCUUAGAAAAGAUGAGUAAAUGAGAUUUCUAAUGGUGGAAAGGUUAUUGCCUAGAAGUAUAAGACUGAUGUUGUUGGAACAAAUGGUGAUACUUUAUAACCCAGUGUGUUGUUGUCCAUGGUUUACUCAUUCCUGCAUUGUUGGACAUUAGUUUGUAAUUUGUUUUAGGCAAUCACUAUAAGUUAUAAUUAUGGACAAUGCAUUAAUAUACAUAAUCUGAAGGAAUAAAAAGGACACAGAGUUGUAUAUACAUAUGUACUAUGACACCUAAAAAAAUGUAUAUGGAUAAGGACUGAAAAGACAUAUGGAGAAAUUAACCCCGUUAAUUUUUUUUUUAAUUUAAAAUUUAACAUAGCACUUGCCACAUGCUAGGCUUUGUUUAAAAUGCUUUUCAAAUAUUAACUUGUUCAAUCCCCUUAGUUCUAUAAGAUAGGUACUAUUAUUAUGCUAAUUUUGCAAAUGGAGAAACUGAAGUGAAGAUGUUGAGAUAUCUACCUAAGAACGCAGAGCUAGCAAGGAGUGACGCUGAGAUUGUUUGGCUCCAGAGUUCAUGUUUUUAACCACUAUGUUACACCUCUCCAGUGAUU